UGGCGCCUGGAGCUUCCCGUGCCUGCUGAUCUCCCAGCCCAGGGGUUGACCCUCAGAGGGUCAUGAGUGAGAGUUCUGGAGCGGUGACCACCGGCUCGGGGGUGGUAGGGGUGAUCCUGGAGGAGCCCGAGAGCACCGGGGCCUCGGGCAGCCGGCAACAGGCCCAGGCCCCUGAACGUGCCGGGACGUUGCGUUGUGCCUUGUGGCCCCGGCAGCAGACCUGGUUGUGUGCAGUGCCCCUUCUCAUUGGCUUCAUUGGCCUGGGCCUGAGCCUCAUGCUGCUCAAGUGGAUCGUGGUAGGCUCUGUGAGGGACUAUGUGCCCACAGACCUGGUGGAUGCCAAGGGCAUUGGACAGGACCCCAUCUUCUUGUCCAAGCCCAGUGCUUUCCCCAAAGGAUCAGAGACAACCACCACAACUACCACAACUAGUGGGCCAGUUGGUUCCAGCAGCCCUGGUAUCACUACUUCGGUGAGGGGAAAAACUCGAUCUGGGACUCCUCCCAACCCAUCCCAUAGGGGUGGCGGGGCAUCUGGCAGUCAGGUGACUCAGAAGAGCACCACUCAGCGCUCUGGGACACGUGGUCCCACCACCACAGCCUUCACCACCUCCUCCAGUGGACGGACGUCCACCUCCAGCCCAUCUCCAUCCAAUCCGACCGUUCUCAAUGACUCCACCCAAAUGUGGACCCGUGAGCAGCCCUCCACCGAGAGGCCCAUUACUACCCCAGCUAGGACCCACAUCAGCCGCAAGACACCGGCUCCUACCCUCCCACCUUUAAAAUCGGAGCACUUCAAGCCCUGUCAGGAGAAGGACCUGGCCUACUGCCUGAACGAUGGGGAGUGCUUCGUCAUUGAAACCCUAAGUGGUCCUCACAAGCACUGCAGGUGUAAAGAAGGCUUCCAGGGGAUUCGCUGUGACCAGUUCCUGCCCAAAACGGACUCCAUUCUGUCCGAUCCCACGGAUCACUUGGGCAUCGAGUUCAUGGAGAGCAAGGAGGUGUACAAGAGGCAAGUGCUGUCAAUCACAUGCAUCGCCAUGGGAAUCAGCUUUCUGGGAACACUCUGUAUGGCUCUCUACUGCCGGAACAAGAGACGAAGGGAAAAGCUCCAGGCCCACCUGAAAGAAAGCCGCAGCCUGAAGAACUACAGCCUCAGCUCCACUGGCCUGCCGUGCAAAUCCAGCCUCAGGCCUCAUUCCGGCCUGCAGCUGCAAAACUACUGUAAAAGCACACGGCCCUCCCCGCCACAUGGAGGCUCUGUCCAUGAGUCCAGUUUUGCUCAGAGUACUGCGGCUUCUGCCCAUCCGAGAAGUCUGUCGACAGGAAGACACGACAGGAGUGGCUCCCUCUCAUACAGUGGUGAGCAAAGAAACAAUCGCUCCACCCUCCGCCUAGCAGCCCGCAAAACCCCGCCCAUACCCAGAGGACGGCUCAAUCCCAUUGGAGGCUCAAGAGACUCUGGGCCUGCGUACCAGCACCUGCAGGAAAUAGACGGGUCAGAGAGGGAGAUGGAGCCAGGAAGAGUGAACACCAUGAAGUCUGACGGCAACCUGCAUCAGGAUUCCUUCCACAAUAUGCAAGCCUCACACUCUUCUCGGUCAUGGGGAGGCCACUUGGACCAGGGCUCCUCAAAGAACCUUUGCUCUACCGUCCCUGGAAAGUGUUCUCCUGUUCCAUACCGGCCAUGCUCCAUCCCCAUCAUCCCCUCCGUCCACUCGCACCAAGACGAGGCUUCCUGUAUGCAGACGGCCACCACGAACGGAAGUGGACAGAGUUCUACGCCCCAAGAGAAAGAGGCCGCCCAUCUGCUUGAGGAGGCGCAGGAGCAGCUCCGAGCGCUGGCCCAUUCCAACAAGAAGCAGGAGGACGGCAUUUUCCCCGUCCCACAAGGUGCCAGAGAGACAGUUUGCAUUCUUCUCACCAACGGAGGGGGAAAUGGAGGCUUGCCCCCCAGCGGACCCACAGAGACUCAAUUAGUGGACCCCAGAGAUACACAUAAAGACUCUCAACAGCCCAGUCAAUGAGAGGGUCGUACAUGGACCAAUCGCCAAACACACCUUGCAUCUCCAGAGCAAGGCCGCAGAAUGUCCGGCCAAAAUGAAUGAGUGAA